AUGCUCUCCACACGCCAAAACCCUGCCUUGGAAGCAAAAAUCGCCCAGAUGGCACGCACCCUCCGCCCCCUCGUACGAGUCACAAACGGUGCUCACCACCCUUCAUUCCCGCUCACAGUCCUGAACUUCCAUCUUCUGACGUCGGAGCAAUGUGAUGAACUAGCCCACCACUUUCAUCAACGCACCCCCUCUGAAUGGACGGGUCUGUAUCCUAUACAGAUCGAGUGGCGGAAUGAUGCUACUCUUGAUCAGAAGCGCCGCCGCAUAGGAAGAUUCAUUGGGCUUAGGGGCUGUGAAAGUCCUAUGGUUGUGAGGAGUGAGGAGGACAUUGAGCGCGAGGCACGGAGGGCGAGGGCAAGAGAUGAGGAUGAGGUGAUGAAGCGAAAGUUGCGGUGGUAUAGUUAA